GGGUUUAGGAAAUUUCGUUCUAGUUACUGUUAGCUUAAUGUAAUGGAGGUUUCUGCUCGCGGGCUUGAAGCUCUCUUACCUCUUCAAAACCAUAAAAAAUGGUGAAAAUGGAAAGGUAAAAGGAAAACACAAAAAUUAAUUACUAAUCACCGCACUUCUUCAUGAAGACUACUCAGUCACGGCUUCAAGUAGAAGUGAAUAGAUUUUGGUAAAUAUGGUACGAGUAGCUGGAAAGCAGAGUACAAUGAGAAGGUUUACUGGAGAAGAGCUUGCUCAUAAUUUCUUGUGUAAAACAAAUAAAUAAAUAAACGUUUGCAGUAGCAGAAGAAGACAGCAUGGUCCGAUUUGUGUGUAUUACGUGUUAUUUGGGUUUUGCAUGCAUUUGGUUAUAGAAGGAAGGGGAUGGUUUGGGCAAUGAACUCCACUGCAGGAACUGAAAACUCCGUUAAAGAGCCCAAAUGGAUUUUUGCAAUUUCUCACAUCCUUAUCUGCUCUCUUCGCCCAUAUCCUUGAUGCGUUUACUUUCAGUUUCUUUCACCAUAACGCAUGCACAUGUCCUUCUUCUCCGCCUUCUUCUCAUGCUUUUCUUGACAAGUUUCCUUCUUCUCCCUGCAUUUCUCUCGCUCUUCAAUUCCUGUGGGUUCCACAUGGAUUCCAAUACCCCUUUUAUAAUCCCCUCUUUCUUUCUUCCUUCAUUCUACACCUUCUUCACAAUAUUCACUUUCACCUCAAUUUUCUACAAUGUUUUCUUCCUUCUGCUCUGCCCUUUCGGUUCUCUUUAUUCCCAACUCCUCUUCUCUCCCUCUUGAUCAUAUUCACCAACUCCCUCAAUGGUUCGAGGAAGAACUCGAGGAUGAUCUCAAAUGGUCCUUUGCCGUCAACAGGGUACUUCAUGCAACCACUAGCGAGUUCCAAGAUAUAGUUCUGUUGGAUACCAAGCGAUUUGGGAAGGCUUUAUUGCUUGAUGGGAAGCUGCAAAGUGCUGAAAAAGAUGAAUUCAUCUAUCAUGAGUCCUUGGUUCAUCCUGCUCUGCUAUUGCAUCAUAAUCCCAAAACAGUGUUUAUAAUGGGAGGUGGAGAAGGGUCUACUGCUCGAGAGACACUAAAGCAUAAAAGUAUUGAGAAAGUUGUCAUGUGCGAUAUUGAUAGGGAUGUUGUCAAUUUCUGCCGCGCACACCUAAAAGAAAACCAAGAUGCAUUUCAGGACGAGAAGCUUCAUAUUAUUUUUGACGAUGCAAAGGCUGGAUUGGAGGGACGAGCAGAGAAGUUCGAUGUAAUCAUUGGUGAUUUAUCAGAUCCACAUGAAGGAGGACCAUGCAACCAUCUGUACACUAAAUCCUUCUAUGAGGACGUCAUUAAGCCCAAGCUCAGUGACAAUGGUAUAUUUGUUACUCAGGCCGGCCCUGCUGGUAUUCUCUCCCACAAGGUCUUCUCAUCAAUAUACAACACCGUAAAGCAUGUCUUCAAAUAUGUGAUUGCAUAUACCGCUCAUGUUCCAUCCUACGCCGAUUCAUGUGGAUGGGUUUUGGCUUCUGAUCAUCCUAUUAGACUGGACAAGGAGGAUCUCAACAAUAAGAUUCAUGAGAGAGUCCGAGGCGAGCUACGCUACUUGGAUGGUGCAUUCAUCGUAUCGUCAACAGUCAUAAACAAGACCAUCCGUACAUUGAUGAUGAAUGAGACUCAUGUGUUCACUGAGGAAGAUGCAAGGUUCGCACAUGGGCGAGGGCUGGUUGGAAACGCCUAGAAACUCCAUGCUUAGAACUUCAGAAUAUUGCUAAACCAAGCAAUAUAUCAAAACUCAGCGAUCAUAGCUUAUACAUCUUUGAUUAUAAGUUAUAAUUACAUGUUUACUUACCUGAACUGAAGAUGUAUCUCCAUACAUUCAAGCUAUUGUUUAAUGAAUAGAUCGUAUGAGACAAUUGCGAUUUCUAACUUAAAA